AUGGAGCAUCCUGGAACCUUCCAGAGUGCGCAGACUGCUGUUCGCUCCGUCAGUCCUUCCCGCGAUUCCGCCAGCCCAGCGUUUCCUCCUACAGCCGUCGCGCUUCGUGUGCCAUCUUUAGCGCCGUCAAUCGCGUCCUCCCGUCCACGUGUCGCUCUCAGCCUGAAACAACACCCUCAAUCGCGAGUCGCGCUCCCCUCUUCCUUCGCCUCUCCUUCGUUCUCCACCUUUCUCUCCCACUCUCAUCCCUCGUCUUCGUCUCCCCAUUCGUCUCACAUGAAGCUUUCCAAAAAUCGCCUAUCCGUACGCGCUACAGCACUCCCCACUUCUGUCGCUACUGCCGUGCAGCCAAUCGUCGAUGCCUUCCUCCUCCAGCCUGCCACGUGGCAAUCCGCUCUCCUUGUCACGUCCACAAUUUUCGCUGUUGAGCUGCCUGGACUUCUCGCUGGGCUGACCGUGCCAGGGAUUUUGUCCGCGUUUCUCCUGGGUGUGACUGUAUGGAGGGCGUUCUAUUGGCCGGGCUUCCUCAUCGUCUGCAUGUACUUCAUUCUCGGCACACUAGUAACCAAGGUGAAGCUGAAGCAGAAGCAGCAGGAGGGAAUAGCGGAGAAGCGAAGCGGAAGAAGGGGGCCAUGGAGCGUGGUGGGAUCAGCUGCUGCUGCGGUGGUGUGCUGCCUGGGAGCCAUAGCUGCUGCAGGAGGGGGAGCUGGAGUGGGGUUGGAGGGGGUGGUGCUGCCUAGUGUGGCGGUGUGGCAGCUGGGCUAUGUCGCCAGCUUUGCUACGAAGCUGUCGGACACUGCUGGGAGCGAGAUUGGCAAGGCAUUCGGCAAGCGGACUUUCCUGGUGACUUCCUUCCAGCCAGUUCCCAGGGGGACAGAGGGCGCCGUGAGUCUUGAGGGGACGUUGGCAGGACUGGCAGCUGCUGUUGUGCUGUCCGCUGCUGCUCUGCUCACCAAUCAGGUGAGCCUUCUUGGAGCCCUCUUCUGCACACUAGCAUCACAGAUUGCCAAUUUCGGAGAGAGUUAUGUGGGGGCUACACUCCAAGACAAACCCGGUUACGAAUGGAUGACAAAUGACAUCGUGAAUGUGAUCAACAUUUCUUUUGGGGCUUUGAUAGCCAUGGCCCUUGCGCUCCCCGCUUCUGUCGCUACCAUUCUGCAGCCAACCGUCGAUGCCUUCCUCCUCCAGCCUGCCACGUGGCAAUCCGCUGUCCUUGUCACGUGCACAACUUUCGCCGUCUUGAUGCCCGGACUGCUCGCCGGGCUGAACCUGCCAGGGGUGCUGUCCGCGUUUCUCCUGGGUGUGACUGUAUGGAGGGCGUUCUACUGGCCGGGCUACCUCAUCCUCUGGCUGUACUUCAUUCUCGGCACACUGGUAACCAAGGUGAAGCUGAAGCAGAAGCAACAGGAGGGGAUAGCAGAGAAGCGGAGUGGGAGGAGGGGGCCGUGGAGCGUGGUGGGGUCAGCUGCUGCUGCGGUGGUGUGCUGCCUGGGAGCCAUUGCUGCUGCAGGAGGGGGAGCUGGAUGGGGGAUGGAGGGGGUGGUGCUGCCGAGCGUGGCGGUGUGGCAGCUGGGUUAUGUGGCCAGCUUUGCUACCAAACUGUCGGACACUGCUGCCAGCGAGAUUGGCAAGGCCUUCGGCAAGCGCACCUUCCUGGUGACUUCCUUCCAUCCAGUUCCCAGGGGCACAGAGGGGGCAGUGAGUCUCGAGGGAACGGUGGCAGGUCUGGCAGCUGCUAUGGUGCUCUCUGCUGUUGCUCUGAUCACCAGCCAAGUGAGCCUUGUCGGAGCCCUCUUCUGCGUGCUGGCAUCACAAAUCGCCAAUUUCGGAGAGAGUUACGUGGGGGCUAUGAGCAGAUGUCGCCGUGCUGACGUCAGGUGCAGCGCAAGCCAAUCGGAUGCGUCGUUGCCAACUCAAGCAAGCGCGGAAGGCGCGGCAUUCAAGACUCUGCAGUCGUCCUUCGCGUCUCUAGACGCGGACUUCUUCUCCUCACUCCCUCGGGACCUCCAAGUGGAUCCCAGAGACGCAGUCUCCCUUCCCUCCCUCAUCCCCGCUCCCUCACCCCCGCUCCCUCACUCCCCCUCCCUCACUCCCCCUCCCUCACCCCCAUUUUCCCCUCCCCUGCUGCUCCCCGGUCAGCUCAAGGACGCGGCGUUUGACCUCACCAACGGGAAUGUCUCGGCAGAGGUGCGGGCAGUGCAGGUAGAGGGGUGGGGAAACAGAUUGGGGAAGGGUGGGAGAAAUGUGAGCGGAAGGCAGGAGGGGGGGGGAGCGUUUGACCUCACCAACGGGAACGUCUCGGCAGAGUGCGGCCUAGCAGUGUCAGCAGCUCUCUCCGCCCUCACAGCCGUGCUCACGGCUUCAGAGGCCGCUCCUGCUGCUGCCAUGACGUGCCUUCCCAUAGUCCUCUGGUUCCCCCUCCCUCUCUCUCUCCUCUCCUCCGAUUGUUUCUCCCAGUGCAGCCCAGCAGUGUCAGCAGCCCUCUCCGCCCUCGCAGCCGCGCUUACGGCGUCAGAGGCCGCUCCUGCUGCUGCCUUCAUGUGCCUCCUCUUGCUGCCUCCUCUUGCUGCCCCUUUGCGCUCGUCUUCCCCCUCCCAGUGCGGACCAGCAGUGUCAUCAGCUCUCGCCGCACUCACAGCGGCCCUCACGGCGUCAGAGGCCGCUCCUGCUGCUGCUGCCGCUUCUGUCGCUGGGCUUAAGGAUGCUGCUGCGAAGCUUCCCCCUGGAGGGAGAGAACGGGCGGGUAAGAGAUGGGAGGGAGGAUUGGGGAUUGCAAGGGGGGACGGUAAGGGGGAGGACAAGGGGGUGGGGUUCGGUGAGGAGGGUGGAGAGGGAGGGGGAGAGGAAGGGGGAGGUCAAGAGGGAAACAGGGAAAGAGGAAAAGAGAAUGCUGGGCAGGAGGCUGCGAGCAGCCGGCAGGCGGUUCACGGGCAUGGGGGCAUAUGCACAGGGCAAGGCGGCUCAGGUGAGGCGACAUUUGAGGCGAAUUUUGAGGCGCCUCAAAAGGCGGUUCACGGGCAUGGGGGCAUAUGCACAGGGCAAGGCCGCCCAGGCGCUGCUGCUGCUGCGGGCGCCGCUGCCGCCACCAUCGCCAAGCAUCUUUUGUACUCUCUCCCUGCCCUCUCCUCUCUCCCUGCCCUCUCCUCUCUCCCUGCCCUCUCCUCUCUCCCCACCCUCCUUCGUGCUCACCAGCUCGGUCCUCUCACGGUGGACGUCACGCCUUCCAAGGCACUCACUGGCGCUGCCAUUGCUGUAGCGUUUGGAGUGGUGAGCUGGGUGCUGGUAUCAGGGCUACAGUCAGUGGACGAGAGCUCCCUUGCCUAUGCCAACAACAACGCUCUUGCUCUCGCACUUUCUCUGCGGGGGGCUCUGCUCGCUCUGGGCUACAGCUGCUGCUUCCUCUCUGCCUUUUCUGCUGCUGGCCUGCUUGCACUUGCAAGGGAGCUCAGCUUACAGGGAGGAGGGGAAGGCAAGUGA